AGAUUCAAACACAAAUAAUCAUGUCUAUCAACUUCAACUCUACAAAGACUUACGUUAAGGAAGAUCACCAAUACACUAAGUUUACUUACGAAAACUCAGUUGUUGAAAAGGAUUCCAAUGGUAAAUUCCACGUCACUCCUACUGCUGUUGACUACGAAUUCAAGUUAGACUUGAAGGUUCCAAAGGUUGGUUUGUUAUUAGUUGGUAUUGGUGGUAACAACGGUACUACUUUAGUUGGUUCUAUUUUGGCUAACAAGAACAACAUUUCUUUUGAAAACAAGGAAGGUGUUGUCAAGCCAAACUAUUAUGGUUCCGUCACUCAAGCUUCUACUAUCAAGCUUGGUAUUGACAAGGAAACUGGUAACGAUGUCUACGCUCCUUUCAACUCCUUUGUUCCAUUUGUUAACCCAAAUGACUUGGUUGUUUCUGGUUGGGAUAUCUCUGGUGCUUCUUUAGACCAAGCCAUGAAGAGAGCCAAGGUUUUGGAUGUCAGUUUACAAAAGCAAUUGUACCCAUACAUUGAAAACCAAAAGCCAAUGCCUUCUAUUUACUACCCAGAUUUCAUUGCCCUUAACCAAAAGGACAGAGCUGACAACAUCUUCAACAAGACCGAAAGUGGUGAAGUCAGAACUGAUAACAAGUGGGCUGAUGUUGAACGUAUCAGAAAGGAUAUCCGUGAAUUCAAGGCUAAGAACGAUUUAGACAAGGUUAUUGUUUUAUGGACUGCCAACACUGAAAGAUAUGCCGAUGUUAUUGCCAAUGUCAAUGACACUUCUGACAACUUGUUGGAAGCCAUCAAGAGCAACCACGAAGAAAUUGCUCCAUCUACUGUUUUCGCUGUUGCUUCUAUCUUGGAAAAGGUUCCUUACAUUAAUGGUUCCCCACAAAACACUUUCGUUCCAGGUGUUAUUGAAUUAGCUGAAAAGUACGAUUCUUUUAUUGGUGGAGAUGAUUUCAAGUCUGGUCAAACCAAGAUCAAGUCUGUCUUGGCUCAAUUCUUGGUUGAUGCUGGUAUCAAACCAUUAUCCAUUGCUUCAUACAACCACUUGGGUAACAAUGAUGGUUACAACUUGUCUGCUCCAAAGCAAUUCCGUUCCAAGGAAAUCUCCAAGCAAUCUGUUGUUGAUGACAUGAUUGAAUCUAACGAAAUCUUGUAUAACAAGGAAUCCGGUGACAAGGUUGAUCACUGUAUUGUUAUCAAGUACGUUCCAGCCGUUGGUGAUUCCAAGGUUGCUAUGGAUGAAUACUACUCUGAAUUGAUGCUUGGUGGACACAACAAGAUUUCUAUCCACAAUGUCUGUGAAGACUCCUUAUUGGCCACCCCAUUGAUUAUUGAUUUGGUCAUUAUGUCUGAAUUCUUGUCCCGUGUUCAAUAUAAGAAGGUUGACGAAGAACAAUACCAUGAUUUCUACUCUGUCUUGACCUUGUUGUCUUACUGGUUGAAGGCUCCAUUAUCAAGACCAGGGUUCAAGCCAAUCAACGGUUUAAACAAGCAAAGACAAGCCUUGGAAAACUUGUUGAGAUUAUUGGUUGGAUUACCUGUCAACAAUGAAUUGAGAUUCGAAGAAAGAUUAUUGGUUUAAUUUUUGCUAGAGUUUUACUUUUAGAAGCUGGGGUGCUACGAUAUACGUAAUUUAAUAAUUUAAUUGUAAUUUG